AUGGAGAGGCAACGACGCGAAGACGAGCUGAAGCACCAGUCGUCAAAGAAGGCAAAUGAGGAAUCAAGCUCUCGGCCUGGGAUUCAGCAGACAGGUGGUAGCUUGAAAUCGAUGAAAGACAAAACAAAUCAAUCCGACAAAGAUGCAAAAGAGGGCUCAUCCUUGCAGAUUGCUGGACCAUCUGGAGAAAUAACAGCAGGGUGGUUGCUAAAAAAAAGUGGAAAAGCAAGUGGCUGGAGCAAGCGAUGGUUUGUCCUCAAUGAGAAAAGUGGAAAACUUGGAUACACUAAAAGGCAAGAAGAAAAACAUUUUCGAGGCGUUAUCACUUUAGAGGAAUGCAACAUUGAAGAAGCUUCAGAAGAGGAAUCUCUUAAGAGUUCCAAAGAAUCAAAAAAAGCAAAUGGAUCAGAUAAACUUUCAAGUUUAGAUUUUAAGAUAACCAGCAAAGUUGCUUACAAGACGGUGCUUAAAGCGGAAAGUGCAUUAAUUUUGAGGGCUGAGAGCAUGGCAGACAAAGUUGAAUGGGUGAAUAAGAUGAUGAAUAUUUGCAAAUCUUCCAAGGAAAUUCCUUCUAAAGGCUCAUCUGGUCUUGAAGCUAGUACUUCGAUUAGGCAAAGUCAUUCAGAUGGUUCACUUGACACUAUGGCUAGAAAACCAGCUGAUCCAGAAGAACUUAGAUGGAUGUCACAAGAAGUCCGUGGUUAUGUCGAGGCUCUUUUGAAUAGUCUUGCAGCCAACGUUCCAAAGGCAGUUGUGCUUUGCCAAGUGGAGAAAGCUAAGGAAGACAUGCUCAACCAGCUAUAUAGCUCCAUAAGUGCUCAAAGCAUAGCAAGGAUUGAAGAACUACUACUAGAGGACCAAAACGUUAAGCACCGAAGAGAGAAAUUCCAAAAGCAGCAGUCUCUGCUUUCAAAGAUUACACGCCAGCUUAGCGUUCAUGAUAACCGAGCAUCGGCAGCUAACUGGUCUAAUGGUGACACUGAAAUAGAAAGCAGCCCGAGGAGAAAUGCUGCUUCAGGUGAUGACUGGAGGUCGGCAUUUGAUGCCGGUUCCAAAGGGCCAGUCCGUGACUCGUUCAGGGGGUCACCCAGAUCAAAAAGUGCCGAUAGCCGUGGUAGUUUCCGGUCCAGCGACUCACCACAGAAUGGUGACUCAGGUCUGAACUCCGGUGACCGGCGAAUGCCAAACAGGCUACCUCCAGCGCCGCCUCAGGGCAGCUCUUCAGCCAACAGAUUCCUCUAGGCCACAACUUCAUGAUCAUGGAGUCAGCUGAGCCAGCACAUAUCCAACCCACACCUCCUCCACCUCCCCUCUCUCUCUCUCCCUG